CUUCCAUGUAACUUUCCCAAAUUAAAACCAGACCCGCUUACAUCAAUCGGGUCACAAAUCAAAUUCACCAAAACACCUUCAUUAGGGUUUAUCAAAUUGCUCAACAACUUCAACAGAAAUGGCCGACGAAGCAAACAAAACAGCGUUUGUGGAGAUUCAAGGUCGCAUGAUUGAAACAACUGCUAAAUUGAAACAAGUUCAAAACCAGAUGCGAAACAAAGAAAGUGAAAAGAAACGUGCUUAUUUAACCUUGGAGGAACUGCGCCAAUUAUCUGAUGACACAAACACAUACAAAUCUAUAGGGAGAACAUUCAUCUUAGAGCCAAAACCAUUUCUAAUGAAUGAACAAGAAAAGAAGCUUAGUGAUAGUGAAACUGCAAUUGCCUCCUUACAGACUUCAAAGGAGUACCUUGAGAAACAAUUGGCGGAGGUGGAGACUAACUUGAGGGAGCUUUUGCAACAAGAUCCCAGUCUUGCUCGUCAAAUAAUGUCAAUGGCUGUCGUGUAAGCAUUUUACCUUCAAAAGAAUCCAUAAUUUGCUUAUUAGACAAGCAUGAAAUUCAGAUAAUGUAUUGAAGCCGUCACGUCACAUUGCUUGUGUUUGUUCUAGAACUGAUUUCAUCUCAAACAUUUAAACCUUGAACGACUUUUGUAACCUGAAAUUUGCAGUUAAAUUUCGUUGCAAACAAUUUUAUGAGUUUGAUCA